CGGAGAGUGCUCAAGCCCAAGUCAACUGAGCUAUGUGUGUAACACAACUCUGGGCAAGGAAUGUAGAAACGAGAGCGACUGUGGCAGAUGGGGCACGUGUUGCUCUACCCCGUGUGGGCCAAGAUGUGUCCUCAGGCAUUUCAGAAAUGACGACGGGCAGUGCCCACGCCCAGACCAUCUUGCCCGUGUGUGUAACUGCACUUUUGGGAAGGUGUGUGAGUCGGACCAGGAUUGUGCAGGAUCACAAAGAUGCUGUGAUGCUGGGUGUCAGAAACGUUGUGUCCUGUCGUUCUACAGAAAGUCUCAUGGAGACUCGUGGAAAUCUGAGGAAUGUCCUAAGCCGUCCUCCCUGGAUCGUGCCUGCAGGAUGAAUCACAGCGCCUAUUGUGGAGAUGAUGGGGAUUGUGGCAAGUGGAGGUCAUGUUGUGAGACACCUUGUGGUAGACGCUGUGUCCACCCCUUCAUGGGGCAGAGCAGGAGUUUGUCCGUCUCAGAUCGGACAUCUGGAAUGUGUCCUUCUCCUGCUCGCCUCUCUGCCGUGUGUAACCUGAAGUACGGUGAGCUGUGUGAGGAAGAUAAUGACUGCUACGCAUGGCAGAUGUGCUGCAACACCAGCUGUGGGCAACGCUGUGUCCAUUCCUACCGCAGCAGGGGGAGCGAACAAAGGUGUCCCUCACCUUCCAGACUGAGCCACGUCUGUACCAUGAGUUUCCACACUCAGUGCAAUGAGGACAGCGACUGCGAGGGUUGGCAAACCUGCUGCAAUACCACCUGUGGGAACAGAUGUGUCUUCAAGUUCCUGUCCAGACCGACCCAGUGCCCUGCCUCCACCCGCUUGGACCCAUUCUGUGAGAUGAAGUUGGGAGACGUGUGUCAGAAUGACACUGACUGCCAUGCCUGGUCAUCAUGCUGCAAUGCCACCUGUGGAAAGAGAUGUGUACCUCGUUUCCUCAUGAGCCGUGAUGAUACCUGUCCUGCUCCCCACCGCCUGGAGCCCAUGUGUGACCUGAAACUCGGAGAUCGUUGCAGCGGAGAUGAAGACUGUGAUGCCUGGCAGAGCUGCUGUGAGAGCACAUGUGGAAACAUCUGUAUCCCCAGUUUCAUGGAUGAUGAUGAGGAAGGAGAGUGCCCCGCUCCGUCCCGGGUGAAGAGACAUUCGAAUGUAUCGUGUGUGACAGAUGAGGACUGCGGGAGCUGGGAACAAUGCUGCGACAUGGGCUGCGGAAGGAAAUGUGUUCACAGCAGCUCACUGCACAAGGGAGAGUCCCAGUGCCCACACAGCCGUACCCUGGGCAAGGUCUGUAACAUGACGUUAGGAGAUGAGUGUGAGGCUGAUACUGACUGUGACCGUUGGCAAAUGUGCUGUGACGCUGGCUGUGGAAAAAGAUGUGUUUUCCGAUUCUUCAAAGGAGAGAAUGGGAGCUGCCCGGAUGCCAGGCGCCUUACCCCGAUGUGCAAUGUUAACUACGGCCAGGAGUGUACAAAUGACGAUGACUGUGAUCUGUGGCUCUCGUGCUGUGAGGCCGGAUGUGGGAAGAGAUGUGUCCAUCGGUAUCACAAACGCGGGAAGCGAGACGCAGAGUGUCCCAAACCAUUCCAGAUGCAACAUAUCUGUGACCGGGACGAUGCCGAGGAGUGUGAGGUAGACGAGGACUGCGCAAGGUGGAAGCAGUGCUGUAACGUCGGGAACUGCGGCAAACGCUGCGUCUAUGGGGUCCACAGGCAAGAGGAAGCCUUUGAAUGUCCAGCAGAAUCUCGUCUCCAGCCCAUUUGUCAGAUGAAACUGGGCUCUCAAUGUUCCACUGAUGACGACUGUGAUAUCUGGCAAAAGUGUUGUGAGACUGGAUGUGGGAGGAGAUGUAUCAUGAGCUUCAAGCCUGGAGUGUCUCCUAAAGGCCAAGGAUCCACAUGUCCGGACACGACCAGACUGCAUUAUGUCUGUCGGAUGAACUUCACCGCUCCCUGCGAUGGAGACGAUUCCUGUGGUCACUGGGCAUCGUGCUGUAACACGGAAUGUGGACCUCGAUGUGUGUCACAGUGGUUUGCGAGAAAGCCUGCUGACCAGUGCCCAGAGGAGGACAGCCUCUCCAUGUUCUGUCAGAUCAGCACCGGGCGUUCCUGUAAUGACAACGGGGACUGUGAUGGAUACCACUCGUGUUGUGAUGCUGGCUGUGGGAAGAAAUGCAUCCCAAAGUGUUUCACAGGAGGCCAAGAGAGAGGAAUUGUGUGUGAGCUGUCUGGUGUACUGCGGCAGAUCAUGGAGUGGUGUUGUGAAGGCUGA